AUGUCCUCAUCCAUAUGCUCAGAUGAAGACCUUACCUUUGAUGACACACUAGACAAUGAUGACAUCAGCGAAUGCUCCACAAUCUGCACAUUCACAAGCUCCUGCGAGCUUCCGCUGCCAGAGAAGCGAGUCCAGUUUGCCUCUCAUGCGUACUGUCAGUACACGAUUUCACGCUACCAAAUGACAUUGGACGAAGCAUUGCAGACGUGGAUCUUUUCCACUGAAAAGUCUCAAAUGAUGAGAAACUACUCAUUGACAGCAGAACGAAUGAAGUCUGGCAAGAAGCCAAAGAAGAAUUCGUCUUAUAGAGGACUUGAAUGCUUUCAUGAAUCAGAUGCAGAUGAGCUCCGAGAGACUAUCAAGAGCUGUGUGGAUGCCGUAUUAGACGAGCAAGACAUCCAAAAGGGCAAGGAAUCACUGGACUGGAAGAAAUUCGCCAAGCGCUCCAAGAAGCAUUCCAAGGCUUGUGUCAAACUAGCCCUGAAACGGGCCAAGGAUGAUGAAAGGGAAGCCAAGAAGGCUUACCGAAGAAUGGAAACCCCAGCUUCCGAACGAAGCAGUAGGCACUCUCGUUCUAACCGAUCUUACUCUGCUCACAGCUUUACUCUACCAGAGAAUUUCAAGACUGGAGACAUGCCUCGUUCCAUUCUCAAAUUGGAUUCCUGCACGGAAACAAGCACGGAUUCCGCCGAAGUCGCGGUUUGA